CUCGCAAGGCGAAGUCAGGAGAGAGAGAAUCUCGGCAUGCUGGUCUGGUCACCUAACCAGAAUCUGUCUGAAGCAAAAUUGGACGAAUAUAUUGCCAUUGCUAAAGAGAAGCACGGAUACAAUAUGGAGCAGGCUCUUGGGAUGCUGUUUUGGCACAAGCACAACAUCGAGAAGUCUUUGGCAGAUCUGCCAAACUUUACUCCAUUCCCAGAUGAGUGGACAGUGGAAGACAAGGUCUUGUUUGAACAGGCCUUCAGUUUCCAUGGGAAAACCUUUCACAGGAUCCAGCAGAUGCUUCCUGACAAAUCAAUAGCCAGCCUGGUGAAAUUUUACUACUCCUGGAAGAAGACAAGGACUAAAACUAGCGUGAUGGACCGUCAUGCUCGUAAACAAAAAAGGGAACGUGAGGAAAGUGAGGAUGAAAUGGAGGAAGCAAAUGGAAAUAACCCUAUUGAUAUUGAAGUUGAACAAAACAAGGAGAGCAAAAAGGAGGUGCCACCUGCUGAAACCGUUCCUCAGGUGAAGAAGGAGAAGCACAGUACGCAGGCCAAAAACAGGGCGAAGAGGAAACCUCCCAAAGGAAUGUUCCUUUCCCAAGAAGAUGUGGAGGCCGUUUCUGCCAAUGCAACAGCUGCUACCACUGUACUCAGACAAUUGGACAUGGAAUUAGUCUCAAUAAAACGACAGAUUCAGAAUAUCAAACAGACAAACAGCGCGCUCAAAGAAAAACUUGAAGGUGGUAUAGAACAAUACAGACUUCCAGAGGUCGUUCAGAAAUUUAAUGCACGUUGGACCACGGAUGAGCAGCUUCUUGCUGUGCAAGCAAUCAGGAAAUACGGCCGAGACUUUCAGGCAAUCUCUGAUGUGAUUGGAAACAAAUCUGUGGUGCAAGUGAAAAACUUUUUUGUAAAUUAUCGACGUCGUUUCAACAUAGAUGAAGUUCUACAGGAGUGGGAGGCAGAGCACGGCAAAGAGGAGACAAAUGGAACCAAUAGCCAGAAGCCUGUAAAAUCCCCUGAUAAUUCCACUAAAAUGUCCGAAGAGGAAGACGAGGCUACUUCUGUUCUUGAUGUCAGAUAUGCAUCUGCUUCGUGAGAAGGUGCUGUAGCCUAGAACAAUUUGUGUUGACUACUGUGUUAUCCAGGAUAUCAGGUAUUAGCAAACCUCAGACAGCCAUCUGCAUCAUAUCUGUGGACAAGCAGCUAUUACCAAAAAAAGGCAAACGCUUCCAGUCCUGUGCUACAUCUGCCUUAAUCUCCCCUCAUUCCUCCAUACUGCCUCCACUUUCUUUCAAAAGCACCCAGGUAGCUCAGCUCUCCAUUUCAUCAAUGUCCUGCUUAAGCAUGGGGAUUUCUAGAACCAGUAACACCUGUCUGUAAAUUUUGACCAACCUGCAAAACAAGGAGCUCCUUAGCAGCCCCACAGUAACUCUACACAUUAGGAGUUCUUAUAAUACUUGGUCCGUAGGGUAUAAGUACAUAUUGCUGCAUGGCCUUGUGGUCUCCGCUUCCUGUGUAUUCUUACGAUGACACUAUUAUUAGCGAGCUUUCUAUAAAGGAGAGGCCUGUGCACGUGCCAGUGGUGUCAGGUUUGUUCUGAAAUGACAGGGCAUGUUAACAAGUAAUCUUGAAUAAUGCAAAGUGAUAGGAAAUGUUAUUUCUAAGGUUUGGUCAGUCCAAGGUUGUAAAUGUAACUCAUUACACUUCUGGUUUGUGCAAUUCUUUCCACUGUAUUUGUGUGUUCUUGCUUCAUAGAAAGCUCCCUAAUUGAGCAUUUUAUUCCUGUAUAUUUUAAUGGCUUUUAUUUAGUGCAAAAGGGAAUACGUAACCUGAAACUGUUUGAUACGCUAUUUAACCCCUGGCAUUCAGCAUUUGCAUUGUAACUUGUUAAAUGCGUGCUACACAACUUUCUUUUUCCUGAUCCUCUGCGGGAUUAAGUCAAAACAACUUUCUCUGGUGCCUCUCCUUUUGGAAUAUGUGCCUUUUACAUUUGGCUACCAUAGGUCACUUUCUGUCCCAGUGUCUCAUUUCUCUUCAGAGCGCUGUUUGCCAAAGACAUCAAACUACUCCCACUGGAAGUCUGGACGAGGGUUGGAGCACAAAGUUGAACCUUCAGGUAGUUUUUAGUCUCUCAGAAGUUUAAUGGAGAAGGACUGGGUUAAUUUCAUUGGCCAUUUUAACCCUUCUGAAGCACACAUCGCUUUCAUGUUCUGAACCAAAAUAUGCAAUUUAAAAUCUAAGAGGUGCUUUUCCAAAUACUUGGUGCAUGCAGCUUUCAAAUCCCCAGCCCUCUGUUCGGAUGACCUGUGCUGUGGCCUAUCCAGCUGGCUUGAACUGGAGCUGUUCUUGAAAGUCCUGUAUGAGGACUUUGCACCUUGAACAAGGUAGUUGCUGACUGCCAAGCAGACAGUCUUCAGAGAAGCUAGAAGCAGCAGUAUUACUUCUUGUCCAGUGGAAAGCUGCAAAAUAACACUAGUCACAAAGCAUUUAAAAAUGGUUAAUUUAAUGAUGUUGGAAGAAACCACCAGCUGUCUUUGCAAGUGGAAAAAAGGACCUUCUUUGCUUCUCUUCCUCUACAGAGGGUUCAAGCCAAGAUGGCACACAGCAAUGUACGGCACCAGCCUCCCUUAACACAACCUGAAAUGAGCUAGUCCAUGUUCUGGCCUGCAGCUGAGGUGCUGCAGCUCAGAGUCUAGCCCUGAACUUGGUGCUGAUGUUUGAGCUGCUGGGCUGUGCCGUGUUGUGUGCUGUGAUGGCUCUGUUCUCUGUACCUAAACGAGGUAGGCUAAUGCCAGCUGGCUAACAGAGCCAGCUGUGACUGCACCUCCUGCAGUGUAAACACAACCCAAGGAAAGGCAGGGAGGUAGGCUCAUGUAUUGCUGAGGUGGUCUCCUCUUUGGGCCGUGUGUGAGGAAAGUAAUUCAACAUCAGAAAUCGAGCAACACCACACAGGCGAAGGAGCAAAUAGGCAUUUCUUAGGGCAAGCUAGAGUGUGGAGCCCAAAAAGGGCCUGUUUCGGCUACUUUGCAGCUGGUUCUGAGCAGUUUCAUUCUGGUACCUCCAGAGAAAUCCGCUGAGGUGAUGGGAGGAUGGAAAGGAGCUAUUCUCUAUCCUCUGUAUUGGAAACGUGUAAUCCCAAGUUUGUGGCAGUGUCUCUACAGCUGUUGAUAUGAACUGGCAGCUCUGAUGGUGGCCCUGCAGAUGUUCCUUCAGUCCUGUGCCAGUUGGAGUUGGGAGUCUCUUGUGGGAAAAGACACUAGUUGUUAGCCAGUGUGAAUUAGGAUUAAAGAUGGGCAAAUAGCACUGUGAAUUCAGCUGACAGUUCUGGUGUAAAGCAAUGCCGCUCGUUAGAAAUAC